CGCAGCGUUCAUCACAUAGGGUCACGUGACGUGGACAACAUAGCUCAGCCGAAAAUGUCAAGCUAGGACUUCAAUUUUCUGACAGGUCUGCAGUGAGGAGACUCAGAGGGAAUGGAGGAGUUUCCUGUGAAGGUCUCAGAGGCAGUGUGUCUCGGGGCCAGCCUGGCCCUCUCAGGCAUCUGCUACUAUCUCUACAAGAAGAGCCGGACAACGCUAGAUAAACUCGAAGAUGCUCCUCACUUCACUAUAGACGGAAAACUCAAAGACAUUCUGAAAGUUACUCCAGGAGCAUGUCUACAGUAUGCUGUCAUCGAAGGUGCUGUGCAACCGGUAGGCGAGCCUCUGACCAGCUCCUUCCAAAAAGAAAUAUUUGGAGUGUUGCAGAAGGUCUUGCUGAGAGAACACAGGCUUGUGUGGAACAGCCUGUCACGCACUUGGACGGACAGUGAGCGGGUCUUGCACCAAAGAGUGACUGCAGUGCCCUUUGUAUUAGUGGGAUCAGAGGAUACGGCCGUCAGAGUUCUGUGCCCUCUGCAAGCCUCCGGUGUCCACAUGGAGACCACCCACGAGAAGUUUCACCAGGUUAACUACGGCUUCAGUGACAUCAUAGGACAAUACCUCAGCGGGGAGAAGCUUAAAGGGCAGCUGGAGACUGAAGAAAUGCUCAAAGUGGGCGCAACUCUAACUGGUGUGGGUGAGUUGAUACUGGACACUGACGGCACCCUGAAUCUCAGACCCCCUUCUAACGGCUCAGAGUAUUUCUUGAGCAUUACAGACUUUGACACCCUGCUGGGGGAGCAGGAGAGCACAGCUGGUUGGUGGAAGGGGCUCGCCAUCGCCUCUGCUGUGGCGGGGGCAGGGGUGCUACUCUGGUUGGGCCGACGCUACUACAAUCAACUCAAAGUACACUGGCAGAGGGAGAAGGAGAGGAGGGAAUUUGACAGACUGCGGGCUGAAAACCCAAGAGCCCGUGCUCCAGUAGCCGGACACGAGGCCAUCGUAGACGAGGAAGAGGAGCACUUAGAGAACGCCUGUGUGAUCUGCCUUACUCAGCCACGUAACUGUAUUCUGUUGGAGUGUGGGCACGUGUGCUGCUGCUACAGCUGCUACCAGGCUCUCCCCCAGCCCCGCUGCCCUAUUUGUAGACAGAGCAUCAGCAGGGUGGUGCCUCUCUACCAUGUUUGAGGCAACUGUGAUCACAUGACCUCAGUGGAGCUUCAGCAACACACAAACUGUCAGCUUAACUCCUUUAAGUGCUGCACUCACACCUAAAAAAGAGCUACGCUUUGAAAUUCACAUUACUGUAAAGAAUAAUGUUAUGAUGGUAUUGUAUGUAAUAAAAAAGGUGAAUUGUUACGACUUUCAAUUAGGUAUUUUAUCUUUAAUUAAGAAAAACUGUGAUGGGGGUGGGUGUAAAUGUGUGAACAAUAGAUGCUUAUUUUCCUACAUAAUUGUUCUGUGCCUUAUUCUGGUAAUGUAUAUGGUGGCUGCGGUCUAAAGAGCGAUUUAACUGUUUGUCUGGAUGACUUGGGUCUGCUCAGAAGAAGUAAGCUUGUGUUUCAACCACUUUCAGUCACCUUUGAGUCAUAGAAAGUUACAUAUAUUUAGUGCCAAGACGAAGCUAAUGACUUGAUGACAGGAAAUGUGUAAAAUGGUGGCUUUUGAAACAUAUUUAAUAAAGAAUCACUCUGUA